CGUGUGUGUACAUGUUUUUCUCUCAUGCAUCUAAACUGCUUUAUAGGCUACUAGAAUAAGUCUUUUUCAUUCUGAACAGAAUUCCUUGUACUGGAUAUUCCUUAUGGCUAGCUGAAAAAAAGACUUGCUCAAAAAACCACCCUUGUCAAAUCCUUCCACUGCAGAUUUCAUUCAGGAAUUUUUUUGCUCAUAGAAAGAAUGGGCAGAUAAUUACAAAUCCACCUUUUGCCUCAUAGAAGCUAACCUGUGGAGAUUGAAGCAUGGAAAUAGUUGAUAGCCUACUUGAGAAUGGAACCAAUAUUUCGGCUCUUCUGUGUGAUAUUGUCAUGGAAAAUGAUACAUUUUUCUGUCUGGAUGAUUCACCUCAUCCUGCUAAAGAUUUACAUCAGACAGUUCGGAUUCUGCUAUAUUCAUUGAUAUUUUUGCUCAGUGUCUUGGGGAACACACUGGUAAUUACAGUGUUGAUAAGAAACAAAAGGAUGAGGACCGUCACUAAUAUAUUUUUGCUGUCACUGGCUGUCAGCGACCUAAUGCUUUGCCUUUUCUGCAUGCCUUUCACCCUCAUUCCCAACUUGCUGAAGGAUUUUAUAUUUGGUAUUGCUGUUUGUAAAACUGCAACCUACUUCAUGGGUGUUUCAGUAAGUGUAUCAACGUUCAACCUGGUUGCCAUAUCUUUAGAAAGGUACAGUGCUAUUUGCAAACCCUUGCAGUCCAGGGUAUGGCAGACAAAAUCUCAUGCCUUGAAAGUGAUUGCUGCUACUUGGUGUGUCUCCUUUACCAUCAUGUCACCAUACCCAAUUUACAGCAAACUAGUGCCUUUUACAAAACAGAAUAACAGCACAGCUAACAUGUGUCGCUUCCUUUGGCCAAGCGAUGUCACUCAGCAGUCCUGGUACAUUUUCCUACUACUCAUACUCUUUCUUAUACCUGGGAUUGUAAUGAUGAUUGCAUAUGGCUUAAUAUCAUUGGAACUAUACAGAGGAAUAAAGUUUGAUAUCAGUCAAAGAAAAUCAUCACGAGAAAGAAAAGCCAGCACCAGCAGCAACAAAUAUGAGGAUGGAGAUGGAUGCUACAUGCAGAAAACCAAAAAGAAGAGAAAAAUGCCAUUACAACAGCUUUCUGCCAGCAGCAGCACCAAAGUAGACAGAGUGAGAAGUACCAGCUCAGCAGCCAACUUGAUGGCCAAGAAGCUUGUUAUCCGCAUGUUGAUGGUGAUUGUGAUUUUGUUUUUCCUCUGCUGGACUCCCAUCUUCAGUGUAAAUGCCUGGCGUGCAUUUGACACCGCAUCAGCAGAUCAGCUUCUCUCAGGAGCUCCAAUCUCCUUUAUUCAUUUGCUCUCCUACACUUCCGCCUGCGUGAACCCCAUCAUCUACUGCUUCAUGAACAAGCGCUUCCGCAUGGGCUUUCUGGCCACUUUCUCCUGCUGUGCCAAGCAAAAGCUUCCAGUAACAAGAGGAGAGGUUGGAGAUGAGGAGGAGGGGAAGACCACAGGGGCGUCUCUCUCCAGGUACUCUUACACACACAUGAAUGCAUCUGCUCCCCCAUGAAUUACUGCAGAAAAGGAGAGACUACACAUGGGCAAAAGAAAUUCAUGCCCCAUCUUGAUCAUUGGUCUUGGAAAAGACAAAUAAGGGUUGAUAGGUAACAUGACAUAGUUCUGAAGAGAUGUAAACAUCACAAUUAAGCAAGCAGCUGGUAGGAAAUGCCUUAGGAACUAUCUGGUCUAUGGACACUAUGAUGGUCUAUGCUUCAUGUCACCUACAUUUCUAAAGAAACAAGAGCUAUUAGCUCUGUGGAGGUAAGGGACUUUGCAAACAGCCCUACAGCAUGGUGUAUUUGUAUUAAAGUCUCUCCUACAAAUAUUCUAAAAAUUGUGGGGGUCCUUUCCAUUGACAGUUUGGCUCACCCUUUUGAUGCAAAAGUGCAGUUCUUAGAUUCCAUUCAGAGUCUCUCUUAACAUUUCCAACACACUAACAGAUUGCCAAAGGAUUAAUGCCCACAAAACAGAUAUCAGACAAGAUCACAAAGAGAAAACAGU